AUGCCUCCAAAGGAUAGUUUGGCACCGAAACGAGCAGGGCCUCGGACCACAGCUCAGUCGAGCGCCGCCAGCAGUUCCACCACUCGUUCAGUGGUCAGACAUUCUCAGGUGUUGCCUAUGCCGCCGCAGCCUGAACAAGGACAGGGACCAUCAACUGGCAUGGGAGAACUGUUUUAUGUCGAGCCCGACCAACGAUCUUCCGCAUCUGACGCUUCCGGGCAGCUGAGUUCAACGCAUGCAGCCGAGAGCAGUGCCCAGACAUCAGGUGAACAAAGUGUCGAGAGAAAGGACAAGGGGAAAAGAAAGCAAUCUUCACCCGGAGAAUCCUCCGCCAGCAAAGCAAGGGCCGUCGACAGCAUGGCGGGACCAAGUCGUCUCAAUAUCCCGGCCAAUGUGUCCGAAUACAGCAGGAUGCCAACCGCAAACCGAUUCGUUGGAAGUGCUGCGCCGGCACAACCUACCGGGGGCUUACCACGACCGCUAUUCCAAGUUCAUUUCGAGGCACCAUACCACAAUGUUGAUAAAAGAACGGUCUCUCCCGGGGAGGCUUUAACCAUCGUCAUACAUGGCGCACAAGGACAUGAAACCUGGGCAAUGCAGUAUUGGGCACAGAACACCUUCUGCAACGCUGAGGACGUGAAAUGGAGCUGGAUGAGUGAAGAACAAGUUGUGGAGAUCAGUUGCAAGGCCCCGGAGGAACAAGGCAAGUACUUUUUCAGGAUUGUCAUUCUGUCUGACAAAAAGUUCAUGGUGCCAAACCUCUUCGUGACGGUGGUGCGAUGA